UACCGGUUUUGUGGAAUUAUUAUAUAUUUUAAAUAUUUUUUUCUAUUAAAUAUGACAUGUGUUAUAUAAUUGCAUUUAUUUCAUGCGUGAUAAAAUAAUAAAUGGAAGCUGUUUCGGCUAUUUCCAAAACAUGGCAAGGAUCUAUUUUAUCUGGCCUUGUUCCAAGCUGAUUUUGUUGUCAAUAAGGAUGCGUGUGAUGGUCAUUCUUAUGACCAUCGGGCUCCUAAUGAUGUUUCUUAUGGCAACAACUUUUAGCGUAUCAAGAAUGUGGUCAAGCUCCGGAACCGAAGACAAUUCUAGAUACACAAACCCAGCAAGACGUCUUCACUACGGAAUUGUCAUUGACUGUGGAAGCAGUGGAAGCAGGGUUUAUGUUUAUUUCUGGCCACCACAUUCGGGGAAUCCCGGAGAACUAUUAAAUAUUCAACAGCUAAAAGAUAAAAAUGAUAAUCUUGUCAUGAAGAAGGUGACUCCAGGUAUUUCAGAACUUGACGAAAGGCCUCAUGAUGCCAGUGAACACAUUCGACCACUGUUGGAUUUUGCUUCUCAAUACAUUCCUAAAGAUCAGCACAAGGAAACAUCACUCUACAUCUUGGCAACAGCUGGUAUGAGAAUGAUUUCAAAACAUGCCCAACAAGCCAUACUUGAUGACUUGUUAAAAGAUAUUCCUAAGCUUUAUGAUUUCCCUGUGGUUGACAAUCAUUUUGAAGUGAUCAGUGGGAAGCUGGAAGGAGUGUAUGCAUGGAUAGCAGUCAACUAUGUACUGGACAAGUUUUCACAUGGAGCAUCUGACCAUUCUCUUGUUAGCGUGAAGCUGCCGGGUACUGAUGGAAAAACUCACAUCCGUCGACGGACAGUUGGAAUGAUUGACAUGGGAGGAGGAUCCGUCCAGAUUGCCUUUGAAGUCUUAAACGAGCAGCCCGACCUAUCGAAGCACCUACUGGCCGAGAUUAACCUGGGCUGUGAGGACUCUGAUCUCAAACACAACUACCUUGUCUACGUGACCACGUUUCUCGGUUACGGGGCCAACUCGGCCAGGGAGAGAUACGAGGAGUUACUGGUGAAAAAUGCGUACAAGACACAAGACAUUGCAAGUUUAUCCAAUAAUGUCACCAGACCCAUCACCGAUCCGUGUCUGCCUCUGAACAUGCCACUGAAGAGUAAAGAUGAACAAGACAGGCCACACUUUUUCAUUGGGUCGGGAGAUUUCAACACAUGCAAACAGUCCCUGACUGGGUUACUGAACCUGUCCGUUCCGUGUCAGAGAAUGCCCUGCUCGAUGAAUGGAGUCAGUCAGCCCGAUAUCGACUUCAGUCGGUCGUCCUUCUAUGGUUUCUCUGAAUUCUGGUACUCCAUGGAGGACGUAUUUAGACAGGGAGGAAGAUACGAUCAUGACAAGUUUGAACGAAGUGCUCAGACAUUUUGUAAAACUGACUGGUCCACACUACAGAAGUGGUAUGGACAAAAACUCUACCCAAAAGCUGAUGAAGCAAGAUUUAUAUACCAGUGUUUCAAGUCAGCCUGGAUGACGAUGGUUUUUCACAAAGGAUUUAACUUCCCUGAAUCCUACCAACACCUGCAGUCAGCUCAGCUGAUUAACAAUAAAGACAUUCAGUGGACACUCGGUGCCCUCAUAUACCGCACCAAAUAUAUACCAUUAAGGGAUAUUGAAAAACACCUCACCGUCACUCACACCGAGGGCACUCUUCAUCCAUGGUUCAGCGUGUUCUUCAACGAGUACCUCAUUCUGGUGUGCUUUGUCAUUGUCAUAGCGGCCAUCGUGCUCUACGUCCGACACUUGCGCCUGUGUCCCCGCAGCCAGGACCUGCCGACCGUUCCAUCCAUGUCCUGUCUGUUGAUAGACGAGGACCAGAUGGAACAAGGCAUCCGGACUACAGGCUACACGUACAGUGGCCGCCUCACUUGAUGCUGGCUUGUCUGUAGGAUUUUAUAGGAUUUCACAGCAUUUUAUAGGAUUUCGUAGGAUUCCAUGUUUUUCCUUAACAGAUUUCGAGAGCUAACAAGGAUGUGAUUUAAAAAAAAAAAAAAAAAUCCGGAAUAAACAGGAGAUUGCAGGAUAAAUGUACGGCAGUCGUCUCACUUGAUGCUGGCUUGUCUGUAGGAUUUUAUAGAAUUUCACAGCAUUUCAUAGGAUUUAGUAAAAUUCCAUGUCUGUCCUUUCAAGUUUUCAAGAGCUAAUAAGGAUGUGAUUUAAACAAAUUCAAGAAAAAUUCCGGAAUUUUAUCUGAUUUCAGCUGUUUUAUUUUGCAUAAACAGGAGAUUGCCGGGUAAACAUACAGUUGCUAGCUCACAUAACACUGGUUUCAGCAUUUUUUGUUUUUUGUUUUUUUUGUUGAUGCUUAAAAUAGUCUUACAAAGUUGUCUAAAAGGGUGGACGAUGACCUUUAUUUAUGUAUGGUCAGGGCUUCUAGAUUAUUGUAGCUGCACUCCCAUGGCUAGUGAUAUUCAAUGUUGGGCAAAGUAUAUAACUACUAUUGCCAUGCCCGAUGGCUAG